AAGCCUGGUUCCUCAGUCACCAAGGAAGCCUCCAAGCCGGCACCGACCCUUUCCAUCUCGAGGAGUAUUACAAAAUCCGCAGCCGCAAAGUAUAUCGCCGUAGCCCUUGAUCUCGACGCCCCGGUCCCGUCAAUGGCCCUCGCUAGCCCUGUUCUCCAUGGGAUUCAAGCUAAUCUAGGUGCCCAAGGUGAACCGGAUGCAGGGGGGUGGGUCAAACUUGUGCCAGAUGUACCACCCAUUGCAUCCUAUGCCCCUCCGAAUCCCCCGUUCUUCUCUGCUUCGCACCGAUAUAUUUUCCUGGUCUGGGAACAACCAGAGGGUCUAACGAAUGAGAAGAUCAAGAAGGAACUGGGCCUGGUGGAUGAGGUUGGACUAGGGGCGAGAGUGCGGUGGGAUCAGGAUGCCUGUGAGAAAAAACUCGGGCUUGGGAAGGCUUUGGGAGGAAAUUAUUUU